AUGAAAAAGGUUCCUAAAAUAUUACUCAAGCUGGUGAUUUUUCAAGGAAUAAUAGUGCUAUUUCUUCUUGGAAUUCCGUUUUCCAUAUUUGCUUAUCCUCUCUACAUAUUUAACAGACCGCUAUGUAUUCAACUAUCAAGCUUCUUUGCAUACACUCUGUGGACCUUGACAAGCUGGAUGUUCAAUCUAUCAAGCACUGUAAAUGGUGCCGUUUCCCUUGGGAACGAAAGUUACUUGGUUAUAAGCAACCACUUAGGAUCUGUAGAUUUCAUCCUAAUUAAUGAAAUAACCAGGAAAAGCGGAAUGAUGGCCCACGCAAAGUAUGCAAUUAAGGACGGCCUUCGGAUUUUCCCCAUAUUCUACCAAAUCGUUGUUUAUCUUGGAUUUCUUGUCUUGAAAAGAAGCUUUGAGAAAGAUAAGAAGAAGAUUAUAGAAUAUUUAAGAUUUUUCGACGUCUCAAAUCUUCCGAUAUGGUUUGUUCUCUAUCCUGAAGGAUCCCGAUUCACAGAAAAGCUGAAACUUGAGAGUUGGAGAUAUUCCGAUAAGAAAGGAAUGAUAAGACUCAACAACGUGCUUUUUCCCAGAUACAAAGGAUUUAAACUCAUAUGUGAACAGCUCCGAAACUCCCGAAUAAAGAAGAUUGUGGACAUCACAUUCUCUUAUUCGGAGGGAGAGGUUCCUCCCCUGUGGAAGUUUCUUUUUUGGGAUACGAAAGGCUCGUUCAACUGUGACAUCAGAACUGUCCUGAUCAACGAGAUAGAUGACUAUGAAGAGUUCCUCUACAAGAGCUUUGAGAGGAAAGACCUCCUCAUAGAAAAGUGGAAUAGCACAGGAAAGUAA